UCGCGAGAGGGCAAGGACGUUGUUUCGCGCUCCACUUGCUUAUUACUUGUUUUCUACAGUCCUUUGCUGCUGUGCCUGUUUCUGUUGGCCAGGUGAGACUGCGGUGUUAUUGGCCAGGGUCGUAUCCUGGAGCUACAGAUUGGGUGCGACACCGGACAGUUCAGGACACUCGUGUUAGCAGAACCCUAACCCACUGGACCUCUGUAGAAGGAAGGGACUUACUAUUGGAGCUUUUGCUACACUUUCAUUCUAGCCUGUGUCUGGUCCUUCUAACCUGAGCUGCUCUUAACAAAUCAAACAGAAACAGGACCCUGAAGACAUGUCAACCCCCAGAGUGGCGGUGGUCACUGGCAGUAACAAGGGCAUUGGUUUUGCGGUGGUGCGAGCCCUCUGCAAGCAGUUCACGGGGGACGUGUACAUCACAGCCCGGGACGUGGGCCGGGGACAGGCAGCAGUGCAGAGCCUGAAGUCCGAGGGCCUGAACCCACUCUUCCACCAGCUGGACAUCACCGACCUCACCAGCAUUCGCACACUGAGAGAUUUCCUGAAGGAGAGAUACGGUGGGAUAGAUGUGCUCAUUAACAACGCUGGCAUCGCUUUCAAAGUGCAAGACACUACACCUUUCGGAAUUCAAGCGGAAGUAACCCUUAGAACAAAUUUCUUUGCGACCAGAGACAUUUGCAAUGAGAUUCUUCCCAUCGUUAAACCAGGGGGACGAGUGGUGAAUGUGUCCAGUAUUGCCGGGUCUAUGGCUCUGAAGCAGUGCAGCCCGGAGCUGCAGGCCCGGUUCCGAAGCGAUGACAUCACGGAGGAGGAGCUGGUGCGUCUCAUGGAGAGGUUUGUUGAGGAGGCCAAGAGCGGCGAGCACACCCAGCGAGGCUGGCCCAACUGGGGCUACGGGGUGUCCAAAACCGGGUUGACGGUCCUGUCCAGGAUCCAGGCCAGGAUGCUGCAGAAGGAGAGGCCGCAGGAUGGCAUUCUGCUCAAUGCUUGUUGCCCCGGAUGGGUGAGAACCGACAUGGCGGGACCGAAGGCCACAAAAUCGCCCGACGAGGGGGCCGUCACCCCCGUCUACCUGGCCCUCCUGCCCCCAGGUGCUGAUGGGCCACAUGGGGAGUUUGUCAGUGAGAAGCAGGUUCAGGCGUGGUGAGGGUGUCUGGGGAGGGAGGUGUCACCUUGAAACAGGGGGAGCACAGCUAACAAUGUCUCUGUCAGGAACCUCAAGGAUGGUCCUGUCAAUCAUCUGUGUAGUACAUACCCCUCAAUUAGAAUAAUAAUUAUAAUAAUUGCUUACACCUAUAUAGCACUUUUUCUGGACACUCCACUCAAAGGGGUUUACAGGUAAUGGGGACUCCCAUCCACCACCACCACCUGUAACACUUUACAAAGUAAGACAUUCAAGGAAACAUUUGACCAAAGCUUAUGAUUAGUGGUCUUCAACUGAAUCAUGGCUUCGUAGUCACUAUACUUUCUCUCUUAUUUUAGUGCCUUAUGAAGAUAGUGUUUACCACACUAUGCUAAACACUAAACACGUAAUUUUGAUACUCUAAAGGGAAUGUUAGAAGGGAUACAACCAUUAGUGGGCUGGUCUUAAAAGUGGAGCUUAUAUUUUUGGCCGAGAAUCAAAUGACAUUUAAAGUUGUCAGAAACAUAUAUGAGAAAAGUAGACACCUUUUGCUUGUAUGUAGUCAUAAAUAUAAAGCUCUUCAGUCCAUAAACAGAAAUUGGUUUAAUUUUGUUGCCUGUGAAGUGUACAUUUGAUUAAUAAAACAUUCUUACAACUCAAGAAAA